AUGAAAGCAUCUGGUUUCCGGCUGUCGCUAGCCGUGCUGCUGGUAGUCUUUUUGGGUCUAUUCGCAGUAACGGGCGUCCAUGGCGACACACAACAACAACAAAUUGUCCUUGAAUCUGAACAUGGUGUUCCUCCCAGUGCUGGUUUGACAGCCGAGCAAGUUGAACAACUCCAAGAUACUGAAAAGUACACGUUCCAGACCGAGAUUUCACGACUCAUGUCAUUGAUCAUCAAUUCACUCUACAAGACGCGUGAGAUCUUUUUGCGUGAACUCAUUUCCAAUGCAUCAGACGCCCUUGACAAGAUCAGAUUCUUAUCAUUGACGGAUUCAUCGGCAUUGUCAUCAGAGGAUAAGCUCGAGAUCAAGAUUGCUGCCAAUCCAGAAACCAAGACGCUCGUCAUUACCGAUACAGGUGUGGGUAUGACACGUGAUCAGCUUAAGCAAAAUCUCGGCACCAUUGCAAAGUCCGGCACUUCAGAGUUUCUUGCCAAGCUUGAAGAGAACAAGGAUGACGUGAGCCAAAUUGGUCAAUUUGGUGUUGGCUUUUAUUCAGUCUUUUUGGUCGCUGAUAAGGUGACCGUUGCCAGCAAGUCGAAUGAUGACGAUACACAAUACGUUUGGUCGAGUCAAGCUGUGGAUGAUUUUGUCAUUGCUAAGGAUCCUCGCGGCAACACCCUUGGACGUGGUACAGAGAUCACCUUACAUUUGAAGGAGGAUGCAUUGCAGUUCUUGAAUGAAAAGACUUUACGUGAUCUUGUAUCCAAGUAUUCCGAAUUCAUCAACUUCCCAAUCUAUAUCUGGUCCACUCAUGAAGAAAAGGUGCCCAAGGAAAAGGAGCAAGAUGAGGAUGAGGAUGAUAUUCAAGAGGAAUCUUUGGACGAGGACAAGGAAGAAGAGGAAGAGGAAGAUACACGCAUUGUGCAAGAAUGGGAACGUAUCAACACCCAAAAGCCUAUUUGGAUGCGCAACAGCAAGGAGGUGACGGAUGAGGAAUACACAGAGUUUUAUCGUGCCAUUGCCAAGGAUCCUUCAGGUACUCCAUUGACUUGGACACAUACCAAGGGCGAGGGCGACGUCGAAUUCCGAUCCAUUUUGUAUCUUCCACCCAAAGUCGAUGCCAACUUUUUCCAGAACCUUGCUGAAAAGGCACACAACGUACGUCUCUUUGUGAAGCGUGUCUUUAUCACCGACGAGUUUGAUUUGUUCCCCAAAUGGCUUUCAUUCCUCAAGGGUGUGGUGGAUGCCGAUGAUUUACCAUUGAACGUGUCACGUGAAACUCUGCAAAAGCACCGUGCAUUGCGUACCAUCAGCAAACAUCUUGUCAAAAAGGCACUUGACAUGUUUUCACAACUCGCCAAGAACGAUGAGGAGAAAUAUGGUGAAUUCUUUAAGGAAUACGGCAGCGCACUCAAGUACGGUGCCAUUGAAGACAGCAAGCAUCGCAAAAAGCUCGCCACCUUGCUUCGUUUCCCAUCCUCCUACGAUCCUAGUGCACCCAGUGUCAGCCUUGAUGGAUACAUUGAACGCAUGAAGAGCAACCAAAAGAACAUUUACUAUUUGGCUGGCAUGUCAGUUACCGAGAUUGAGCAAUCCCCCUUUUUGGAACGCUUGCUUGCACGUGGUUACGAAGUCUUGUUCUUGGUCGAUCCCAUUGAUGAAAUGCUUGUUCAACACAUGCCUGGUUACAAUGGAAAAACGUUCCUUAACGUUGCGAAGGGUGAUCUUAAAUUGGAUGACGAAGAAGAAGAGGUCGAUACUGAAGAGGAAAAGAGCAAGUUUGCCCCCUUGUCAGCAUGGCUCACAACGACACUUACCGAUGAGAUUGACAAGGUUGUAUUGUCGAAGCGUCUCACUACAUCACCUAUGGCUAUUGUUGCUGCCGAUUUCGGUUUGACGGGUCACAUGGAACGUCUCAUGGCUGCUCAAGGUCAAAACAACAAGGAUCACAACAUGAUGCUGGAGUUUAUGAAGUCUCAGAAAAAGACGCUUGAAAUCAACCCCAAUCAUCCCAUUAUCAAGACACUCUUGGAGCGUGCUGAUGGUGACGGACUUGAUGAUGAUGCUGAUACCACCGAGCUGGUCAAGGUGUUGUAUGAGACUACAGCCAUUCGCAGCGGAUACCCACUCAAGGAUCUCAAUGGCUUUACCAAGCGUGUGGAAACUAUUAUCCGCAAAGGUGUAGGCGCCUCGCUGGACGAGCAGGUCAAGGUGGAUGUCAAGGCUGCACCUGAAAAGACUGAUGAGGAAAAGAAAGCGGAUGAGGAGUUUAUAAAGAAGGCUCAAGAGAUGGAGGAUGACCUUGAAGAGGAAGAGGAAGAGUUUUAUCAUGAUGAGUUGUAG